AUGGGCUUCAAAGGAUUCGCCAAGGUCUUGGGCGCCAGCUCCGUAGCCUUGGCAGGCACGUACGGAUUUGUGAAGUUCGAACACGAAAAAUGUUCCAUCCCCAAAAACACAAAGUACACAGUGCCAGAGAGGCUAAAAACGCGAGAUGAAAUGCUAAGUAAGCUCAAGAAUGAAAAGUUCGACGUUCUGGUAAUCGGAGGGGGGUGUACAGGGACGUCGGUGGCGCUGGACCUGGCCACCAGAGGGUUGAACUGCGCGCUGGUGGAGGCGAACGACUUCGCCUCAGGCGCGUCGUCGAAGAGCACGAAGCUGCUGCACGGAGGAAUCAGAUACCUCGAGAGCGCAAUUUACCACCUGGACUUCCAGGAGCUGCGCUUCGUGUGGAAGGCGCUGGAGGAGAGAGCACACAUGCUGGGCACGCUCCCGUACGCAAACUACCCAAUCCCAAUCGUAAUGCCAAUAUACAAGCUGUGGCAGUUGCCCUAUUUCUGGGUCAACAUAAAAGUGUACGAGCUGCUAGCGAGGUUCUUCUGUUGCAACGAGACAAGAAUCCCGAGCUCAUUUUUCAGCGAUAAAUCAAACGCACUCUUUAACUUCCCAGCGCUGCGCACGAAGGGGCUGCUGGGAGCGGUGGUGUACUACGACGGACAGCACAACGACUCGAGGACGAACCUGAUGAUGGCGCUGACGAGCACAGUGAACAACUACGUGCCAGGACAGAAGGGCUCGACAGUGUGCAACUACGUUAAGGUGAAGAAGAUACUGAGAGACGAAGAAAACGACAAGGUGGUAGGAGCACUGGUGGAGGACGUGCUGACAGGAGAGGAGUUCAAAGUGAUGAGCGAAGUGGUGGUGAACUGCACCGGACCAUUCGCAGGAGAGGUGAAGAAGAUGAACGACCCGGAGAGCCAAAUAUCAAUUCUCUACAGCAGAGGAAGCCACCUGACGGUGCCUAAAAAGUACUGCCCAACGCCGUACGGGCUCAUCAUCCCGAAGACGACGGACGGAAGAGUGCUCUUCGCACUGCCGUGGCUGAACGAAACGAUCAUAGGGACGACGGACAACAGAGACGACCUGCACUUUAACCCGAAGGCCACAAAGGAGGACAUAGACUUCAUCACAGGGGACGCGUCACUCUACAUGAACUGCACAAACGAACAACUGAGGUCCGAAAUUAAGUCGACGUGGUCAGGGCUGCGGCCACUGAUAAAGGGAGUGGAUGACGUGAGUCAGACAGGAAAGUUGUCGAGAGGCCACGUAAUUGAAGUGGACAAGAAGGGCCUGGUGAACGUGUACGGAGGCAAGUGGACGAUAUGCCGCCUGAUGGCGCAGGACUGCGUGGACGACCUGCUGAAGUUCUACAAACAUCUAAAACAGAGCUACAAGUGCAGAACGAGGAAUAUGGUGUUACUAGGAACACACGACAGGGAAGGCAACCAUAACAUUGAUGAGAUCAGGCCAAGGUUUAAUCAGCUGUCGCACAGGCUGAUGAAAGACUACGGACUCUCAGAGGACACAGCCUCGCACCUGGUGGAGAGCUACGGAUACAAGGCGGAGGACGUGUGUAGGCUCUCGAAGGAUCUGAACAUGCUGACGAAGCUGCACAAAAACUACCCGCACCUGCUGGGAGAGGUCGUCUACGGAGUGAGGAACGAGCUGGCGUGCACACCAGUGGACGUGCUGGCAAGAAGAACGAGGCUUGCGUUCCUCGACGCGGCAGCGGCGCUGGAGAGCCUGGACCAGGUGGUGGGAGUCAUGGAAAAGGAGCUCAACUGGAGCUCAAACACCAAGAAAACGCUGCGCGGCCAAGCAGAAAGGUACUUCAGAGACAUGUUACACGUCCCCGCAUAA